GUGGAGCACAGUGCAAGACAAUCGUAAGAAUUUACGAUGGCGCUAAAAAUCGGAAGCAUUUGCGAGACCUCAGCCCUUUGGCGGGCGCCAAAAUGUCGCUAACGGUCGAGAAAAGGCUUCCCGCCCUAGAGGCACGGAACGCCAAGAAAAGCCUCCGCGUCUCGGGCGCCUUGCGACUUCCAUCAAGCGCAACGAAUGGCCGGCGGUCUAAAGCCGGGCGCCAUGGCGAUCCGGCAACAGGGUCGGGACGUUUUGGGGGAGCUCCCUGCGGGGGGCCGGGGGCGGCUGGCCCCCCCCCGCCGGGGCUUGUGACCCCCGUCCGGUAUCGCGCUAGGUGUGCCCGAGGGGCCGCCGUG